AUGCGCUCGCUGUUGAUCUGGAUUAUAACUCUGCUGUCGUCGGUCGUGGCACACAGCCAAGAGGGGGCAACUCUGCCAUCCGAAAUGAGUGAAGCAUCAGCUCAAGCAUCUCGUCCAUAUCGAGUGAAAGUGACAAGUCCGCAUCCAUUCGCAAGACAAAUUGGACCUCCAAUGAGCGGGAAACGAGUCAUCACGCCGGUUCCAAAUGUGUUUGAAACACCGAAUAGGGUUUCGCAACCAUUUUCUCACAGCGAACAAGACUUUCUGCAGAAGUGAGAUUUUAAAAUAGAUGGAGACCGACUAAGGGAGCUCUCUCCCUCUUCAUCGUGAGCAUCGCCGUCUGUCUGUUCAUGCGAUCAACUUGUUCCAAUGUUACUACUCUUGUUUAUGUAUGUAAAUCUUGCGGGUACUUUCAGAAU